UUAAGAAAGGUCAAUGCGUCCUUCCACACGUGUGUUCUGUGAGCUUCCACAGGCAGUGACGGGGAGCUAGCCGGCCGGUGUGUGCUGUCAGGACGUGUUUAUUCGUAUUUACAGUCAUGUUAAAGUCCUUAGUCCGAGCGGUGGGAGCCGCUGUCCGCGUCUCUUCAGCCUCCACGUCCACAGGCCGAGCUCUGCCGCUCAGCUGCCCGACUCUGUGCACCCCAAGCUCGGCAACAACUCGGCCCUUCACCCGGUCUCUCUGGAUGCUGAAUAGCAAAGGAGCCUCGUCGGGGUACAGGCCCAAACUGUUCAGCUCAAAGGUGUUGAAUCCCUCGGUGUCUUGUGGAUGUGGAGGACUGCACACAGAAGGCGACAAAGCAUUUGGCUCUUUCCUGUCCGAUGAAAUCAAAGAAGAGAUGAAAAUCCAGAAAACUAAAAACCUCCCUAAGAUGUCUGGAGGAUGGGAGCUGGAGAUGAACGGCACGGAGGCCAAACUCACGAGGAAUGUUGCUGGAGAAAAAAUCACUGUCACAUUCAAUGUCAACAACAGCAUUCCUCCUAACUUUGAGGAAGAGGCAGAGCAAGGACAGCAGAAAUCAGCAGAUGAAGAGGCAGAUAUUGUGUCAACACCCAACUUUGUUGUUGAAGUAACAAAACAGGCUUCAAAACAUUCCCUUGUGUUUGACUGCCAUUUCCCCGAAGACGAGAUGAGUCACGGUGAAGGAGAGGAGGAGAGCGACAUCUUUGCCAUCCGCGAGGUCAGCUUCCAGCCGGAGGGAGACACAGACUGGAAGGAGACCAGCUACACGCUCAACACAGACUCUCUGGACUGGGCCCUGUACGACCACCUGAUGGACUUCCUGGCUGACCGAGGGGUCGACAACACCUUUGCCGACGAGCUGAUGGAGCUGAGCACCGCCGCCGAGCACCAAGAGUACAUCAAGUUCCUGGAAGACCUCCAAGGCUUUGUCAAAUGUAACUAAUGUUAAAUAGAAGCUAAAACUAACUUUUCUUCAAUGCACAUCCCGGCAAAGUUGGAGGUGUGCUAAUCCAGUGAUGUUGCGAGAGACUGAUGAUCACUUGCUUUAUUGUAUGUGACAUGUUGCCAGCAGUUGUCACAUUUGGCUACAAAUGUGUUCUCUGUAUUAAAAUGUUACUUUAUAUUCUGUAAGUUAAAUGAGUUUAAAUUAAAUAUACAAAGUUCGUAAAUUAUGCAGGUCAUGACUGUCCAUCCUUGUUCCCGUCUUAACUGGAGCAGUUCGAUAUGCUCCAGUCAGUACUUUUGAAUAUCCUAGAGCCAAUAAAGGGACUUUUUGGUCAAGGUGUAAACUCAACAAAACUCCAUAAAAUGAAAAGGUUUACAGAAUCAAUCAUCACUUAAACGUGUGUGACAACAUCUGGUUUUACACCUUCAGUCUGCCUUUAGCUGGCUUUGUAAGGAAGUUCAUGUUGACUAAUGUUGAUUUGACUCUGUCAGACUGUAAAAUGUGAAGUCUAAAUAUGAAUGGCAUGAAAGUAUGUCUUCCGAGUAUGUAAGAACAGUGUCCAAUAAAAGUUUGAUAAUAA